UUGUGCGAGGCCUUCACGUCGCUGUCAUCAUCUCUACGGAUAGGUCAGGUGGUCAAGGGGUUUAGAGACGUGUACGUCGUUGCGCAGAAGCUUCACGACCAAGUCUGGAGCGCCAGUAAUACGGCACAUAGAAAAGUCGUGCUCAAAUGCGCGCCUGAGAUUCGCCUGCAACGUGAAAGAGAAAUCUUGCAACAGUUUGAGAGCAAUUCGUGUAUCAGGAACUUCAUCGACCAUGGCAACGAACCCCCCUUUCUGGUGUUGGAGCACCUCGAGCUUGGUGCGCUGAAAUCGUCAAGCGAAAGAAGUUUUUCGAGGCAAGACGUCAAAUUCAUCGCUCAUAACGUUCUAUCCGCGCUAGCAUCCCUACAUGCGAAAGGAAUAGCACAUACAGACAUCAAACCAGACAACAUACUCCUCAAUUUCAACGCGAGCGGGACGAGAGUCGUGGAUGCGAAGUUGGCCGAUUGCGGCGACGCUUGUGAUGUCGGUCUUCAAACUGAUCCUCGCGGUACAGCUCAUGCAAUUGGAGCUGCUAUCUUCCGAAGCCCAGAAGCCUUACUGGGCCUGAAAUGGUCGACUCCAACAGAUAUCUGGUCUUUCGGCGCCACGCUUUUAAGCCUUAUUUUCGGGCGAAACUUUCACAUCUUCAAGCCCCCAAAGGUAUCGGCAGAUGAUGCCGAAUUUCCUGUGCAUGUCUUGAUUCAACAAGCGAGAUACUUUGGACCCUUCCCAUUGACCUACAAGUCGUUUUUGGAUGAAGAACAGGAAAAGAUUUUGGCUGCGAUUCACAUUCACAUAGAAGAGCAGUGCAUUCGAAAGCCGUUCUCCCAGGUGGAAGAUGAAGAAUUAACGCCAGAGGACAAGAUAUUCCUCUGUGAGAUCAUGAGACUGGACCCGAGGGAUAGGCCGACGGCAAAGGAGCUGCUCAAACACGAUUGGUUUGCAAUAUCAUGA